AUGGAAAAGAUGAUGCAACAAGAGGCUUUGCAAUCCCCAUGGCCAUUACUUGAGGACAUGAACUCAACUCUUGAUCAAGGUGUUGAGUCUUAUGGCUUCACUGUAUUUAGUCAUGCUAGUGAUUAUGGACACGAAUUCACUAUGUAUGAUCAUGUUGGUGAUUAUGAACUCCAUAGUCUAUUGAGCACUCUAGAGGAUUCCACUACUGAAAUUUGUUCCAUCCCCUUUUCUUCAUCUCCCUUCUUAUUUUCCAAUGAUCAUAUUCAUACCCAUUACCCAAUCAAUGAAGAAACCAUCCAACUUCCAUCACUCAUGGAAUUGGAUGAUUUUGAUUCUAUCUUAGAUUCUCAAAUUGUUAGUAUUCAAGGUCAUGGAUACUUAGCAGAGAGUGAAGGGAGCUUUUUCCCUUCACAAAAUUUGUCAAGUGAGGUGGAGAAUGCUUGGAGUCCUACUCCUUCUAUAAGGUCUGAGCUGUCUACAAAUCAAGCAUCACCAUUGACUUUACCUCAAGAAAACAUGGAGAUUGAAAACCAAUUAAGUCUUCAACACUUGUUGGAGGCCUAUGGAGAGGCCUUGGAGCAAGGACAAGGAUCACUAGCAGAAGUGAUUUUGAGGUGCAUGAGCCAGAAAGCUAGUCCAUUAGGUGAGUCUCUAGAGCGCCUUGUAUUCUACAUGUCUCAAGGCAUGACCAAUCAUGGAAACUAUCUCAAAGGGGAGGCCUUCAAGAACCUUGAGGUUGCUUCGAGGGCACUCUAUCAAGGGCUCCCAACUGGGAAAAUUGCUCACUUUGCAGCUGUUUCAACAAUUCUAGAAGCCAUGCCGCAAGAUUAUUAUGGUGUACACUUAGUGGAGUUUAGUAUUGGAGAUGGGGUUCAAUGGGCUCCAAUAAUUGAGGCUAUUGCUCACAUGAACAAAACAUUGAAAUUGACAUUAAUUAAAUGGGGUGAUGAGGAUCUUGAAUGUGUUUCUAGUCCAUCACAAUUUGAGGAAACCAAAAGGAGACUCUAUGAGCAUGCCAAAUCCUGUGGUUUGAAGUUUAAUAUAGAGGAGAAAGGAGUGGAGGAACUUGUUGCUGAGAUUAAGAAAACGAACAAAAUGGGUGGGAGAGGUGAGUUUUUGGCCUUUAAUUUAAUGACUGGUCUUCCACACAUGAGAAGAGUAAGGAGCAGAAGGCAAGUCUUGCAGUUUCUAAGGGUAGCAGAGGAUUUGAUCAACACCUCUGGCAACAAAGGAAUUAUAACUUUCGGAGAUGGGGGUGCUUAUGAGAAAGUAAAAAAUAACUCGAAUUUCAGAUCAUUCUUUGAAGGACAUUUGGUGCAUUACCAGGCAUUGUUAGAAUCAAUUGAAUCACAUUUCCCAACUCGUUUUAUUGAAGCAAAAAUUGCCAUGGAGCAAUUGUUUUUGCAACCUUGUAUAUCAUCUCUUGAUUGGUUACAAACAUGGGAGGAGAUGCACAAGGGUGGGCAUGUUGAGGCAAAUAUUAACUUAAAUGGUUGUCAAUUAAGCAGAAACAUUUUGAUGGAAAUCAGACAAGUGUUGAGAGGAAGUGAAGGUUUAUAUGAGGCCAAGAUUGAAGGGCAAAAUGACAAUGAACUAGUUUUGGAGUACAAAGGAACUCAACUAUUAAGAUUUUCAACUUGGAAAAACUUUAGUUAG